CGAGCCGGAGCCCGAGGCGACUGGAGCCGAGCGGGAGGCGCCGAAGCCACCGCCGGUUGCCCAGCGCCGCCGCAGCCCCCGAGCUCCCCUGCGCCCCUGCCCGCGGGCGACCGGUGGGCAGCGGGCGCCAUGGCCGCGCCGGAGCCGCUGCGGCCGCGUCUGUGCCGCCUGGUGCGCGGCGAGCAGGGCUACGGCUUCCACCUGCACGGCGAGAAGGGCCGCCGCGGGCAGUUCAUCCGGCGCGUGGAGCCCGGUUCCCCCGCCGAGGCCGCCGCGCUGCGCGCUGGGGACCGCCUGGUCGAGGUCAACGGCGUCAACGUGGAGGGCGAGACGCACCACCAGGUGGUGCAAAGGAUCAAGGCUGUGGAGGGGCAGACCCGGCUGCUGGUGGUGGACCAGGAGACGGAUGAGGAGCUGCGCCGGCGGCAGCUGACCUGCACCGAGGAGAUGGCCCAGCGAGGGCUCCCGCCCGCCCACGACCCCUGGGAGCCGAAGCCGGACUGGGCACACGUGGGCGGCUGCAGCUCCGACACCAGCAAGAAGGAUGUCAGUGGGCCCCUGAGGGAGCUGCGCCCUCGGCUCUGCCACCUGCGAAAGGGACCUCAGGGCUACGGGUUCAACCUGCACAGUGACAAGUCGCGUCCUGGCCAGUACAUCCGCUCUGUGGACCCUGGCUCCCCUGCUGCUCGCUCUGGCCUCCGCGCCCAGGACCGGCUCAUUGAGGUGAAUGGGCAGAAUGUGGAGGGGCUGCGCCAUUCCGAGGUCGUGGCCAGCAUCAAGGCCCGGGAGGAUGAGGCCCGGCUGCUGGUGGUGGACCCGGAGACAGACGAACACUUCAAGCGGCUUCGGGUCACCCCCACCGAGGAGCACGUGGAAGGUCCUCUGCCAACACCCAUCACCAACGGGACCAGCCCUGCCCAGCUCAAUGGUGGCUCUGCGUGCUCGUCCCGGAGUGACCUGCCUGGUUCAGACAAGGACACUGAGGAUGGCAGUGCCUGGAAGCGAGACCCCUUCCAGGAGAGCGGCCUCCACCUGAGCCCCACAGCGGCCGAGGCCAAGGAGAAGGCUCGAGCCACGAGAGUCAACAAGCGUGCACCACAAAUGGACUGGAACCGGAAGCGAGAGAUCUUCAGCAACUUCUGAGCCCCUCCCUGCCUGUCUCGGGGCCCUGGGACCCCUCCUGCACGGACCUUGGGCCUCAGCCCGCCCCGAGCUCCCCAAGCCUCGGUGGACUGGAGGGUGAUCCUGCCACUGCCCAGAAAUCAGCCCCAGUCCCCGUGAGCCCCCAUCCUGCCCCUGCCCGCUAGGUACUGGGGGCCUGUGGCAGCAAGGGAGGGGCAGAGAGAGAGAGAGACAGAGGGGCAGAGCGGCGGCCGCAGGGUGAGGGCCUUUGCUGCUCUGCUGGGCCUGCUGACUGAAAGGAAUUUGUGUUUUUGCUUUUUUUCCAAAAAGAUCUCUAGCUCCACACAUGUUUCCACUUAAUACCAGAGCGCCCCCCUCCCCUCCCCCUUGGGACGCACUCUAAAUAAUUGCAAUAAAACCGUUCUCUGCAAACCAUUUCCUCCCUGGCCCCCCUACCCCCCACCCCCUAUCCCCUACCCCUGCCGGCCUCAGCAGUGGCUGUCCUGAGUGGGAGUCCCUCAGACUUCGGGUGGCUGAGCUGGGGCCCCCAGCCUAUUUGUGGGGACCUUGGGGUAAGGCCAGGGAGGCUGGAUGUGGCCAUGGGAGCUGCCCACCCUGGUGUGGGGGUUCCUAGGCCAGGCCCUGCUCCCCACCCAGCUACCCUGUAUGCUUCUGCCUUGCUGGGGAUCUGGAGUGCAGGGCCUGGGCUCUCCGAGGGGCCCAAGGAUGGAGGCCCCAUGUCCUUGCAGAGGGUGGCCUUUCUACAGGCCCUUCAUUCCGCAUGGCAGCUUCCAGGCCUGGGGAAUGUAGGUGUGUGAGAGCGGCACCCAGGAAGGACUCUAGACCUCUGGCUCAGCCCUGCCUGGCGGGCUCCCCUGUGGACAUCCUGCUGACUGCUCUUCCCUCCUGGGCCCCACACCCCUGAAGUGACUGAUCGACCGGCACCGCUGUUGCCUCGUAAGCCAUAGCGCAUGCGCGCCCUCAGAAUAAACAGGCCCUGCCUGGGACUGACA